AUGACACUGCCUCUGCCUCUUCGGAAGGACAGGUCCUCCAGAGAGCCCCAGCCACAGCAACUCUCCAGCCUUGCAAAAAACAUCUUCAUCAUGGCAUAUAAAGCAGCACAUAUGGCCUUUAAGUCGCGCUGGGACAAGACAGAUGAAGAACUCUGUCGGCACAGCAUGUCCUUUGUCUUGCACAUGGCGAUCCGAAAUGACUUCUUUCAGAGUUACCUUUAUCUGCUGGAAAAGCUUCCCCUGGUGAAACUUUACGCUUUGACAAGUCAAGUUAUCAAUGGGGAGAUGCAGUUCUACGCCAGGGCCAAACACUUCUACCGGGAGGUGCCAGCCACAGAAGAGGGCAUGAUGGGAGACUACAUUGAGCUCUCCAAUACAGACAUUGAAUCCUCCAGGGAGUUUCUCAGGAAGUUUGUUGGGGGGGUGGGGAAAGCUGGCACCAACCGCGCCCUGGACUGCGGCUCUGGGAUAGGUCGUAUCAGCAAGCAUGUCCUGUUACCAGUUUUCAAGAGCGUGGAACUGGUGGAUAUGAUGGAGAAUUUCCUGGCUGAGGUCCCGAACUACCUGCAGGGCAAGGAGGACAGAGUAGAGAUGUAUUAUUGCAAAAGCCUCCAGGAAUUCACUCCAGCCCCACAAAGAUAUGAUGUCAUCUGGAUUCAGUGGGUUUCAGGAUAUCUGACAGAUAAAGAUCUCCUGGAGUUUCUCAUCCGGUGCCAGAAUGGCUUGAACGAUAAUGGUGUUAUUAUUCUCAAAGACAAUGUAGCCAGGGAGGGCUGUACCUUGGAUUGUCUGGAUAGUAGUGUGAUCCGAGACCUGAACAUCCUCCACAGCCUCAUUGAAAUGAGUGGACUCACCAUCCUACAAGAGGAGAGGCAGGAGGGAUUCCCUGAGCAGUGUGUCCCUGUCUGGAUGUUGGCCAUGCAGAAAGGCCCUGGCCAUUCCUGA